GGAUGACAACGUGGAUUAGAGAAACACACCCACGGUGGUGGUGUAUAAAACACGGGGCACCCACGGACACGGAGACACGCAGACACGCAGCCUUAACCUGGGACGGUUCCUACCUGGACCUUCAUCAUGGGAGUCAUCAUCUCACAGAUCUUCUCCAGGUUCAUCUCCAAGACUCCGGUCAGGAUUCUAAUGGUAGGCCUGGAUGCUGCAGGUAAAACCACACUGCUGUACAAACUGAAGCUGGCUGAAGUGGUCACCACCAUCCCGACCAUUGGUUUCAACGUGGAGACGGUGGAGUAUAAAAACAUCAGUUUCACCGUUUGGGACGUCGGUGGUCAGACCGUCAUCAGACCGCUGUGGAGACAUUACUACACCAACACGCAGGGUUUGAUUUUUGUGAUUGACAGCAGCGACUCUGAGAGGAUUAAAGAGGCUGCAGAUGAGCUGCACAGGCAGCUGGAGGAGGAUGAGCUGAGGGACGUUCCAGUUCUGGUUUUUGCUAACAAACAGGACUUACCCAGAGCCAUGCCGGUUGGUGACAUCACAGAGGCUCUCAGCCUAUCAGGAGUCCAGCAGCCGUGGUUCGUCCAGUCGUCCUGUGCCGUCAGCGGCGCCGGUCUGGUGGAGGGACUGGACUGGCUCUCCGACCAGAUCCUGAAGAAGUAGCUGCUGCUGAGAAGCUCUGAUUUCUGACGUUCCUGCUGAGUCUUUGAAGGCACCAGGCGCCUACCUGGCGCCGUUUACCUGGAGAAACCUGAAGGAUUUUCUGAGAAAACGUCUAAACCUGUAAAACUAUCGCACUUUUUCUCUGAAAAGAGAUCACCAGAAACUACUUGGGUUUGGAUUCGUUGUGAUAUCAUUGCUGUAAGAUUUUAUGUUAUUCCUGAUGAUUUUUUGAUUCUUCAUAAAACGUUGUACACUACCAGUCACUAGCUGUUUAUUUUGGGUGCUUUUACAAGAAGUUUUUGUGGUAAAUUUACCAAAAAAGGAGACAAAUAUGCCUUAAUGUGCUUUAAUUUUCUGCAGGUAUUACACAAAUAUUUUAUGAAACUGUAUUUAUUGUGAAAUCUAAAUGUUGAUAUCAUUUGAUAUAAUAAAAGCCAGAAGCAGCUAAAUCCUAUCGUAUGAUUUUGACAGACUCUUAACUGCACAAGUAUGACUGUAAAGAAUAAAGUUUUUAAAUAAAAUUUAAAAAGUCAAA